AUGUCUAUCAAUUGGGUGAUGCUCUCGCCCGCAACGAAUCCUCCCUUCACACCGCUACCCAACGAACAAGUCGUAUGCGUCGCCCCCGGCAAGCGAAUAGGCUUCGACCUCAGCACACCGAAACACUACCCAGGUCGACAGGCACAGCCUUAUAGCCUCUCGCACUCGAACGGAUCACUCUACAUCACGAAUCGAAGGGUGGUAUACCUGCCCGAUAAGCCCACCGAGACGUUCAAGAGCUUCGCCGUACCGAUACUCAACCUUCAAGACGCCCAUGUAACGUUACCAUGGUUUAGCGCAAAUUCUUGGCAUGCUGCGCUUCGACCAACCCCGGGCGGAGGAAUUCCAACAAGCGCAGGCAUACUAGAGCUGAAGCUCACGCUUCGAGAUGCGGGCGUUUCGGACUUCCAUUCUUCGUACGAGAAGAUAAGAGAGAGGUUGAUGCAGGCAGUCGACGUGUCGAAUAUAGACGGCGAUAAUGCGCAGGCCGUCAACCGUAUGGAUGUCUCGAACGUAAACUUGGACGAUCUGCCAGCGUAUAGCGAAGAGAGCGAUGGCCCCUUACUACCUCCGACAGCGACUGCGGCAACUGUCGCACAAACGCAACAUCAGCAAAGGAGCCAGCAACUGCGCGACAGUGGGGUUGGAGUCGACAGCGACGAGGCAGGGUCGCCCAAGCCGCAGGAGACGCCGGAUGAGCCACCUCCUGGCUACGCAGAAGCGCAGAUGGCCGGGGUGCAGGAUGAGAUGGAGAGGCGGGCGGAGCGAAGUUGA